UUAUUUGCGUGUCCUGGGCCCCCGGAGGCCGAACAAUAGCGAAGCGCCUCCAGUCGUAGUGUUUGUUCCACCGCGCGAAGGGGUCUGGGGAGGACGAGGCCAGCUGUGGCAUCGGCGGCCUCCUCCGUCUCGUAGCGGAUCUGAUGGGUCCGGCGGGCAGCGACGCUGCCGAGGCCCGCGCCCCACGGCCUCUCGCCGUUGACGGGGGGGGCGCACAACACAAAACAAACAGCCGCGGCCCUCGCCGCGGGCUGGGCGCCCAGGUGCCAAGGAGGCGGGGAGGAGAGGCUGGCAGGGGCCAGACCCCCUCGCGGGGUGACGGCAUCACCGCGGGGUUUUGGUCUCGCUAUCUGACCACUGGUGUUAACCCACGACGUCGGGGGUCUGGGGAACGAGGCCGCCUUCGGCUUCGGCCCGUCUCGGCUCCGCCCCAUCUCGGCUCCAUCGGCCUCUUUCGGCCCUCGGCCCCUCUCGGCUUCGGCCCCUGUCGGCUUCCGUCCGCUCCGGCUCUGGCCCGCCUCGGCCCCGGCCCGAGCCGUCACGCGCCGAGGCCGAACAACGCGCCGAGGAGGAACAACCGCGCCGAGGCCGCAAGGGGCCGAGGCCGAACGAGACCGACGGAGCCGCAACGGGCCGCUGGAGCCGCAACGGGGCCCUCCUCCGGUGGGGAGGAGCGGGCGCCGAGGCCGAGGCGGAGAGGGCCGCGAGGCUCUCCGCCGGAGCCGCCCGCCGCGGCGCCGUGCCCGGGCGCCCGCGGCCACCUCUGCGGCGCGGCCGGGCCGCGGCACGCGGCCCCUGCGACGCGGCCGCGGCGGGGGGGCCCGCGGCGGGGCACGGCAGAGGCGGCCGUGUGCGGAGCUGUGCGGGGGCGGGCGGGCAGCGUUGGGCUGGUCCCUGCGGUUAGACGAUGCUGAGCUCAAACAGAAAACGAGAAGCGCAUCUCCUCCUCGUUCGUCGGCCUCCUCCUCCAUCGAAGUCCUGCUCAUGCAGGCAGAGGCUCACCGCGCGAGCUCCUGCUGCACCUCCUCGAGGAUGCUGGCCAGCCUCUGGGCGAGCAUGAUGUUCCCCUGGAUCUUGAGCUUCCCGCUCAUGAACGCCUGCAUGCCGUCGAGCUUCCCGCUGGCCAGCGCCAACAUCUCCGCCACGGCCAGCGUGAUCGUGACGUCAGGCUUCUCGUGCUGAGCGAAAUCGGCCGAACCCUCGCCGUUCUUCAGGUCCAGGUAGAACUUGCUGCCCUGGGGCCGGCGUCGCUCACGACGAACUGAAAGACGACGCCGCCCAGCUUGACCAGCUCUGCGCCUUUCGACCGGACGGCCUCCGAGAUCUUGUCGAAGAUUGCCGUCGCCCUCGCCAUGGAGAGACUGGACUGGCAGCCGCAGCGCUGUUGGGGGGGGCCUUGCGCCCACUCCAGGGCCUUAAGCCAAAAUGGCUACUACGGACUCCUUCG